CGACCGGGUCUGUCUCCUCUGGUACGUGUCGUGUCCCGCGGGAGUCCCAGGCCACUCUGCCACAGCCUCUGUUGCCCUGUGACCUUCAGAUACCAGGAGACCUAUAGAGAGAAGACCGGGACACCCUGGAAGCCUGAAAAUGGGGAUAUUGACAUUCAAGGAUGUGACCGUAGAUUUCUCUCUGGAGGAGUGGGCAUGCCUGAGCCCUGCUCAGCAGAAUUUGUAUAGUGAUGUGAUGUUAGAGAACUACAGAAACCUGGUCUUUGUGGACCUUACUCAACAUAAAAGAAUUCAUAAUGGAGAUAAACCCUGCAAAUGUGGAGAAUGUGGCAAAGCCUUUAACCAAUACUCAAAUUUUAUCCAACAUAAAAUAAUUCAUACCAGAGAGAAACCCUAUCAAUGUGAAGAUUGUGGCAAAGCCUUUAAACUGUGCCAAGACUUUACUAUACAUAAAAUCAUUCAUACCAAAGAACAACCCUACAAAUGUGAAGAAUGCAGCAGAGCCUUUAACAAAUACUCACACCUUACUCAACAUAAAAGAAUUCAUAAUGGAGAUAAACUCUACAAAUGUGGAGAAUGUGGCAAAGCUUUUAACCAAUGCUCAAAUUUUAUUCAACAUAAAAUAAUUCAUACUGGGGAGAAACCCUACCAGUGUGAAGAAUGCGGCAAAGGCUUUAACCAGAACUCAACCCUUACUCAACAUAAGAAAAUUCAUGCUGGAGAGAAACCCUACAAAUGUGAAGAUUGUGGCAAAGCCUUUAAACUGUGCCAAGUUCUUACUAGACAUAAAAGAAUUCACACUAAUGAAAAACGCUACAAAUGUGGAGAAUGUGGCAAAACCUUCAACUGUUGCUCACACCUUACUCAACAUAAAAGAAUUCACAGUGGAGAAAAACCCUACAAAUGUGGAAUCUGUGGCAGAGGCUUUAAGCAGAGCUCAAUCCUUACUCGACAUAUGAAAAUUCAUACUGGAGAGAAACCCUACCAAUGUGAAGAUUGUGGCAAAGCCUUUAAACUGUGCCAAGACCUUACUAGACAUAAAAGAAUUCAUACUAACGAAAAACGCUACAAAUGUGGAGAAUGUGGCAAAGCCUUCAAACAUUGCUCAAACCUUAAUAAACAUAAAAGAAUUCACAGUGGAGAACAACCCUACAAAUGUGAAGAGUGUGACAAAGCAUUUAACCAAUAUUCACACCUUACACAACAUAAAAUAAUUCACAGUGGAGAAAAACCCUACAAAUGUGGAGAAUGUGGCAAAGCCUUUAACCAAUGCUCAAAUUUGACUCAACAUAAAAGAAUUCAUACUAUAGAGAAACCCCACAAAUGUGAAGAUUGUGGCAAAGCCUUUAAACUGUGCCAAGACCUUACUAGACAUAAAAGAAUGCAUACUAAAGAAAUGCCCUACAUUUGUAGAGAAUGUGGCAAAGCCUUCUACUGGUGCUCACACCUUACUCUACAUAAAAUAAUUCACAGUGGAGAAAAACCCUACAAAUGUGAAGAAUGUGGCAAAGCCUUUAACCGGUGCUCAAACUUGACUCGACAUAAAAGAAUUCAUAUAGGAGAUAAACUCUAAAAAUGUGUAGAGUGUGGUAAAGCCUUUAACCAUUGCUCAAAUUUUAUUUAACAUAAAAGAAUUCAGCCUGGAGAGAAACCCUACCACUGUGAAGAAUGCAGCUAAGGCUUUAACCAGUGCACAGUCCUUACUUGACAUAGAAUAAUUCAUACUGGAGAGUAACUCUACAAAUGUGAAGAUUGUGGCAAAGCCUUUAAAUUGUGCCAAGACCUUACUAGACAUAAAAUAAUUCAUACUAAAGAAAAUCCCUACAAAUGUAGAGAAUGUGGCAAGGCCUUCAACCAUUGCUCACACCUUGCACAACAUAAAAAAAUUCGUACUGGAGAGAAACCCUACAAAUGUGAACAGUGUAGCAAAGACUUUACCAGUGCUCACAAUUUACUGUACAUAAAAUAAUUCAUACCUAAACAAUGUCUUGCAAGUUUGCAGAAUCUGCUAAAGGCUUUAAUACUUGUUCACAGCUUUCUCAAUGUCAGAUAAUUCAUACUUGAUAAAAGGAUUACAAAUAUAAUGACCUCUGAAAUACCCUUCACAAAAUAUAUGCCAAAAAAGUAUCCACAAUUUAGAGAUGUUAAUUUAUUACUUUUGAAGUUGAAUUAAAUCGCAGUAGCAAUUUGUAGUAUGGUGCUUGCUCAAUUGCUGCCAUUUUGAAUAUCCUGCCU